AUGGACACAUCAACAAAGCCAGAGCAGCAGGAGGAAAAGACACGGACACAGGAGGCAACUGCCAACAUGGAAAUUGAUGCCGAGUCCAAGAAGCGACCUUCAGAGCUGGCUAUUGAGGAAGACACCAAGGUCUCCAAGAAGCAGCAUGUCGAGCCCGCCACUGCCAACGACAAACCACAUGAAGAGAAGGGCACACCUGCUGCAACAACUCCAGAAGCAAGCAGCAGUAGUGGCGACAAGAAACAGGUCUCGAGCUCGAGAGAUGUCAAUGAUCCAGAUUCAAAACCUUUUGGUGGUCGUAUCCUGACCGAUGAGGCUAACGUCUUUGAGCAGAACGCAUGGGAUCACGCAGAAUGGGGCGAGGAACAGGAACAACAUGCGUUGAAGGAGAUUGCUCGUCAGCAACAGGACCCAGUCCCUCAGGAAUUGAUCGAGACCUAUCAUGCAGAGGCGGCUGAUAACUGGAACAAGUUCUAUGCAAAGAACGAGAACCGGUUCUUUAAGGAUCGUCACUGGCUCCGGAUCGAGUUCCCAGAGCUCUUCCAGAUGGUUGAAGCUGAAGCGGGAGAGAAGAAUGUUAUGGAGAUUGGAUGUGGCGCAGGAAACACCAUGUUCCCAUUGUUGAACGAGAGCAAGAACCCCAAGCUGUUUGUCUAUGCCUGUGAUUUCUCGUCAACGGCGGUCAAGGUGGUCCAGACUCACAAGCUUUAUGAUGAGAAACGAGGCAAGGCGUUUGUCUGGGAUCUGGCGAGCGAUGAUAUCCCACCCGAGGUUGAACCCGAGUCGAUGGACGUGCUUGUCUUGAUCUUUGUCUUUUCGGCAUUGCACCCUGAAAAGUGGGACCAAGCCGUCAAGAACCUCUAUAAGCUCCUAAAGCCAGGAGGAUUGAUUGUAUUCAGGGACUAUGGACGGUACGAUAUGGCACAGCUGCGGUUCAAGAAGAACCGACUUCUCUCUGACAACUUUUAUGUCCGUGGCGACGGAACCCGCGUGUACUUUUUCGAAUCAGAGCAGCUUGUCCAGUUGUUCGGAUCCAAAUUUACGAUUGAACAGAAUGCAGUUGACAGGCGGUUGAUUGUGAACCGGAUGCGGAAAGUCAAGAUGUACAGAUGUUGGCUGCAGGCCAAGUUCAGGAAACCGUUGGAGGGCCAAUUGCCUAGCGCACCUUCAGCGACGACUGUCAAGACGACAGGGGAUGAUGAUGAUACCAUCAAGGAUACAGUUGUUGAUACCUCGUUUUCUUUGGAUACGCCUUCUGACUCCCCUGGUGUUGGGUCUAGCAGUAGCGGCGCCCUUGGAGGCGGCGACAAGCAGGAGAAGGAGGAGGCUUCUUCAUAA